AUGCCCCUACUCCGCAAGACAAGCCUCAUCUCUCUAGCCCUGGUCCUACUGGCCGCGAUCUACCUAAUCAGACAUGUCUACCUGGUGUCAGGCCCCAGAUAUCUCUACGGCCAAGAUGGGCUUCUCUACAACCCUGACCUCUUCUCGCCCGGGACAGUCAAACCGGCCGGUCAGAACUACUCGCGCGUGCUGGUCAUGGGCCACCUCCGCAGCGAAGACGUGAGCUGGGUAGCGACCGAGCUGCCUGAUCUACCGACCAAGAUCUACACCGUGGACGCAGAGGAGGAUGCGAACGAAGAAUCGGCUUCUACUUCUACUUCUGACUCUGGAUCUGGAUCUGGUUCUCCCUCCGGCUUGCCAGCCAACAAAGGUCACGAAGCAAUGGUCUACCUAACCUACAUCAUCGAGCACUACGACGCGCUCCCGGAUGUGGUGCUGUUCUUCCACCCACACCGCAAGACAUGGCACAACAACAUUUUGUUAGAUGUCGACAGCGCGACGACGAUCAAGCUGCUCAGCGACGCGCACGUCGUGCGGCAAGGCUACUUCAACACGCGCUGCCACCUGGACCCGGGCUGUCCGGACUGGCUGCACGUCGACCGGCCGUGGUGGCGGCACGACCUGAAACACAAGCCCGAGGAGCCGGCGUGGACGAGCGCGCUGUUCCACGCCCUGCACGGCGCCGACGUGCCCAUUCCAAAAGCCAUCUCGCAGCCGUGCUGUGCCCAGUUCGCCGUCUCGGGCGAGCGCAUCCGCCAGCGUCCCCGCGCCGACUAUGUCCGCUACCGCGACUGGCUGUUGGCCACGGACCUGGACGACCGCACGUCCGGCCGCAUCAUGGAGUACUCGUGGCAGUAUAUCUUCACGGGCAAGUUCGAGUUCUGCCCGUCCCAGCACAGAUGCUAUUGCGACGGCUACGGCAUCUGCUUUGACGGCGAGCGCGGCUUGCAGACUUGGCUGGACACCGUCAAGGAGAAGGAGAACAUCGACCGCAAGCUCGUCGGCGUCUGGGAUCAUGGCGGCAACUUCGCCGCGGAGAAGUAUAAGCGUCUCGCCCGGGACAGGAAGCAUCUCGCCGACUUGUUGGACAGUAUGCGUGAGCAGGCUCUGCGGAGGGGCUUCGAUCCGAAAACGAGGGCCGAGGAAUGUGGUCGUGAAUGGCAUGAGGGGGAUGGAUUCUAG